AUGAGAAAAGGAAUAGCAUUUGAAUGGACCCCCGCAUGCGAGGAAGCGUUCAGACACUUCAAGAAAAUCCUAGCAAUACCCCCCGUGCACGGAAAGCCCAAGGCCAGAGAGCCACUAUACCUAUACCUAGCCAUAACGGGGGAAGCCCUGGCAACGGUCCUAGUACGAGAAGAGGGGAAGGCUCAACAACCAGUCUACUUCAUGAGCAGAGCCCUACAAGGGGCGGAACUGAGGUACAGCAAACUGGAGAAGCUAGCUCUGGCGCUCCUGACCUCUUCUCAAAGAUUAAAACAAUACUUCCAAGGCCACCAGAUUGUCGUUAGAACGGACCAAGGAAUUCGACAGGUGCUCCAAAAACCCGAUUUAGCGGGAAGGAUAAUGACUUGGUCCAUUGAGCUCUCGCAAUAUGACAUACGGUACGAACCUCGGCAGGCGAUCAAGGUGCAAGCAAUGGCAGACUUCCUGGUAAAAGUGACGGGGGAUCCAACCGAAGAGACGGGCAUACGGUGGAGGCUCUACGUUGACGGGGCCUCCAACCAAACGUCCGGGGGUGCCGGAAUCAUCUUAGAGAGCCCAGCUAGGGUCGUAUACGAGCAGUCAAUCAAGUUCGAGUUCCCCGUUUCGAACAACCAAGCAGAGUACGAAGCCCUCCUAGGAGGCUUAGACCUGGCAAAAAAAGUCGGAGCAACGAGGUUGGAAAUAUGCAGCAAUUCACAAGUUGUCACCUCGCAAGUAAACGGGAGCUACCAAGCCAGGGACUCGCUACUACAAAAAUACUUGGAAAAGGUCAAGGAAUUAAGCAAGCCAUUCGAGGAGGUCACGAUCCAACACGUUCUAAGGGAAAGGAACACACGGGCAGACCUUCUAUCCAAGUUGGCCAGCACGAAACCGGGAGAAGGCAACCGAUCUUUCAUCCAAGGCAUGAUGAAGGAGCCAGCAGUUACCCUGUACCUGUCAAGGCUGAGCCCCUCCUGGAUGGAUCCCUUCACUAGCUUCCUGGAAAGCGGCAAUCUCCUUGACGACGAAAAAGAUGCUAAAAAUUUGAGAAGGGAGGCGGCCAAGUACGCGAUCAUUCAAGGACAGUUGUUCAAAAAAGGACUCAGCUAG